CGCAAGUUUUCAACAUCCAAUGCUUUCAGCAAAGGUUCGAUGGAUUUGGCGUAGCUGAGCGUUUGUCGGGUAUAAAUACCAACAACAAUCCCUUCUCAUUCCCUCAGCAAACUCCUCUCACUUCUCAAAUCGCAAAUCAUGAAAUUCUCUUCUACCCUCGUCAUCCCCGCCGUACUCGCUGUUCUUCCCACCUACAUCGGUGCCGUCGAGCUCCGAUACGACAACCACUACGACGACGCCAAUGCAUCUAUGAACACAGUUGCCUGUUCUGACGGUGACUUCGGACUCGCUCACCGAUUCCCUACCUUUGGUUCCGUACCUGGCUUCCCCCAUAUCGGCGCAUCGGACGCUAUCUCUGGAUGGGGCUCCGCCAACUGCGGUGCAUGUUUCCGUCUCGACUACACCAACCCACAAGGAGUGACGAAGAGCAUUAAUAUCGUUGCUGUCGAUCAUGCUGGGUCUGGGUUCAAUGUUGCUCAAGCGGCGAUGGAUGAGUUGACGGGUGGUCAGGCUGUUGCGCUGGGAACGGUUGAUGUGCAGUCUACGCGUCUUUUGCCAUCUGACUGUGGACUUUGAUUGAUCAUUAGUUUGGGACGUUUUGUACACACCACGUACUACUAGCAUGGACUUUUAAAGCAAUUGUAAUACACAGAAUGCC